UCAAAACAUCAAAAUCAGCCGGAAAGUUAAUUCUAUUGUAAAUAAAAACAAAUUAAUUGUGUUUUUCAACAAAUAAUUCGUAAAUUCAUCAAAAAACGAAAGAAAAAUGGUCAACGACAAGAAAAGUGUUUUGUUCAUUUGUCUUGGAAACAUCUGUAGGUCACCUCUUGCCGAAGCGGUUUUCUUGAAGCAGAUCAACGACAAGGGAAUCGCCGGAAAUUUCAACGUUGACAGUGCUGCGAUUGGAUCAUGGCAUAUCGGAAAGAGACCUGACCAUCGCGCAAUCAAAACAAUGGAAAAUCAUAAUCUUCCGUACGAUAAUCGCUGUCGUCAAAUCACGAAGGAAGAUUUUAACAAAUUUGACUUUAUCUUCGGAAUGGAUGACGAAAAUAUGUCUGAUUUGAAGCGACUUGCUCCGAAAGGCUCGAGUGCGAAACUUUUCUUGUUGGGAGAAUUCGAUCCAAAUAAAGAACGAAUUAUUCGAGAUCCUUAUUAUGAUGAUGGAUCGGAGGGAUUUGAAAAGUGCUAUGAGCAAUGUGUGAGAUGCUGUGCUGCCUUUUUGGAGUCGGAACAUUGCAAAUAAUUUUUAUUGUAAAAAAGCACAAGAUUCCUGUUAAAAAUUGCUUUGUUGAAAUUUUCAACUUGAAAAUAUAGAAAAAUGUUAAA